AUGAACCAUCCCUCUCACCGGGCCGUUGUCGUUUACCCCCGUGUGCCGCUGGGCCACCCAUUGGAAUUGAUGAUCGACUUCAAGUCCUCCUGGAUGGCUAAGCAAAUAGUGGCCGUUUAUGAGAAGGAGGGGGCGCAACAAUUGCGCGACGCGAUGCUGCAGUUUGUUACCCGGCCUCAACGGAAUUCGUUCACAUCGUGGUUUUUCGAGGCGCUUGCCCACCGCAUCAUCGUCUCGAGAGGCUGCAUCGACGAUCAUGAUCUGAGGAGGAUGGCCUUAUAUACUGACACCAAGACUGCAGCCUUCGUCGUCGAUUGGUCCGGCUUCACCGCGCGGGCUGAGCGUUCUUCGCGCUCCGAGCCCUCGAGCGUUCUUCCGCCUUGGCCCAAGGUCGAACAGACCACGCCGUUCGACAUCUCCUGUUUUCCAAACACCAUCAGCUACGACACUUACUACACGCCUACCUCCUCUUGUCCUCUCGUCGAUGCAUUCGUCGUCUCGCGAAAUGCCGACUCGAUCGACGCGCAUCUCUGGAUCCUUCAGAUGAAAUUGCCGAGGCGAUAUGGAGGAUCAUCGAAAGACUACGCGUUGAUCCGCAAGAUUAUUAGGGGUGGUCAGAGUGCACGAUUACGGGGCGAUUCUGGGACGAUUCUGGAGGACGAUUCUGGAGGUGAUUUUGUUCUCAGAAUCGCGAUUUUGGCAGAAUCGCGCAGAAUCGCAGAAGCUCCUCCGGAGGAGCUUCUGCCCUCCAGAAUCGCGAUUCUGCUGUCCGCGAUUCUGCCUCCCCCAGAAUCCUCCCCAGAAUCGCGACCAUAA